AUGAUGAUACACUAUGCCAAGGUGACCGAAGAAAAUGGAGUUAUCAUUGCACUCGACCAAGAAAAAGCCUACGACAGAGUUGCACAUGACUACCUGUGGAGAACACUGGAUGCCUUCCACUUCCCCCCUAGUUUCACCGCAACGGUCCAAUCCCUCUAUGAACAUGCCACAACAGUGGUCAUCAUAAACGGUGAGACCAGCUCCCCCUUUCGCAUCACCCAAGGAGUACGCCAAGGAGACCCAAUGUCCUGCCUUCUAUUCAACCUUGCUAUUGAACUGCUUGCAUGCAUGCUCCGAAAUUCCCAACUCGAAGGCUUCUACAUCCCUGGUGUACCUGAACGAAUCAUCACCACCCUAUUCGCAGAUGACACCAUGACCUACUUGUCUGAACGGGAUGAUUUUGCCGUUCUCUCAGAUAUUCUGAAUACCUGGUGCCUCGCUUCCACUGCCCGCUUCAAUGUCGACAAAACCGAGAUUAUCCCGAUCGGCUCCACUGAGUACCGAGAGCAAGUCAUCACAAAACACUGCCUCGGGCCCCAGAGCCUUGCUUUCCCUGCCCAAGUGCACAUAACAUGCGACGGUGAUGCCAUCCGCUCUCUCAGUGCCUGGAUUGGAAACAAUGUCGACAAUGCAUCUCCCUGGUCAACAAUAAUGGACAAAAUCAAAGCCUCCCUUCUACGAUGGUCCCAAGGCCACCCGACCCUUAAGGGACGUCGCCUUAUCAUCCAAAUGGUGAUUGGAGGCAUGACCCAAUAUCUAACUCGCGUCCAAGGUAUGCCCAAACACAUCGAAGAAAGCCUCACCAAGAUUAUCCGGAACUUCAUGUGGGAUGACCAUCGGGGCCCAACAGUCAGCCUGGACAUGCUCUGCCAACCUCUGACAAAUGGAGGCCUCGGAGUUCUCCACCUCGCAGCCAGAAAUGAUGUGAUCAUCAUCAAGGACCUACAAUCUUUCCUAGACAUCGGCCCUGACAGACCAACCUGGGCCUUCAUCGUGGACUUCCUCAUCCUCGAAAACAUCACCCGCGCCUCCGGCAACGUCCCCGUAAAUGCACAAACCAAUAUCUUCCUCCAAACCUGGAAGGUGAACAUCCAGCCAUCAUCUCACCUUCCCAUAUUCCUCAAGAAGCUCCUCAAGACUGGCACAAAAUAUAAGGUAACCUUCGGAACCCUAAAACCAUCCAAAAACCUCCAGUCAAAACUACCAAUAUGGUACCACUUUGGAGCCGGUGAACGUUUCCGCUCUCUAAACAAUUCCCCUUCCGGUAAAUGCCUCCGCGAUAACCACAAUGUAGCCACCAUCGGCGACCUCCUCAAAACCACCAAAUGA